CCUCCCGAGCGCCCCUGUCAGAUCGUGGCGGCCGGCCGCGCGCAGCGCUCGUUCCCUGCAGCCCGGGCGAGGCGGCUGGCGCGCGGGCACACCCCCACGUUCCUCCAGUUCCUCCGGCGUCGCUGCCUCCGCUCCGCCAGUCUCCGCUCCGCCCUGCCCGCCGCCGCGCGCCCGCCCGCCCGCGGGAACAUGGCACACGCGCCGGCACGCUGCCCCAGCGCCCGGGGCUCCGGGGACGGCGAGAUGGGCAAGCCCAGAAAGGUGGCGCUCAUCACUGGCAUCACGGGCCAGGAUGGCUCGUACUUGGCCGAAUUCCUGCUGGAGAAAGGCUACGAGGUCCAUGGCAUUGUUCGGCGAUCCAGUUCGUUCAACACGGGUCGGAUUGAACAUCUGUAUAAGAACCCCCAGGCUCACGUUGAAGGAAACAUGAAGUUGCACUACGGUGAUCUCACAGACAGCACCUGCCUGGUGAAGAUCAUCAACGAGGUCAAGCCCACGGAGAUCUACAACCUUGGAGCCCAGAGCCACGUCAAAAUUUCAUUUGACCUGGCUGAAUACACUGCAGAUGUGGAUGGAGUCGGCACUUUGCGGCUUCUGGAUGCAGUCAAGACCUGUGGCCUUAUCAACUCUGUGAAGUUCUACCAAGCCUCCACCAGUGAGCUUUAUGGGAAAGUGCAAGAAAUACCCCAGAAAGAGACCACUCCUUUCUAUCCUCGGUCCCCUUACGGGGCAGCCAAGCUCUAUGCCUACUGGAUUGUGGUGAACUUCCGUGAGGCAUAUAAUCUCUUUGCAGUGAACGGCAUUCUCUUCAAUCAUGAAAGCCCUAGACGAGGAGCUAAUUUUGUUACUCGAAAAAUUAGCCGGUCAGUAGCUAAGAUUUACCUUGGACAACUGGAAUGUUUCAGUUUGGGAAAUCUGGAUGCCAAACGAGAUUGGGGCCAUGCCAAGGACUAUGUCGAGGCCAUGUGGCUGAUGUUGCAGAACCACGAGCCAGAAGAUUUUGUCAUAGCAACUGGGGAAGUCCACAGCGUUCGAGAAUUCGUAGAGAAGUCAUUUCUGCACAUUGGGAAAACCAUUGUGUGGGAAGGAAAGAAUGAAAAUGAAGUGGGCAGAUGUAAAGAGACCGGAAAAGUUCACGUGACUGUGGACCUCAAAUACUAUCGACCGACUGAAGUGGACUUCCUGCAAGGAGACUGCACCAAAGCGAAACAGAAGCUGAACUGGAAGCCCCGUGUCGCUUUUGAUGAGCUGGUGAGGGAGAUGGUGGACGCAGACGUGGAGCUCAUGAGGAACAACCCCAACGCCUGAGCGCCCCGGGAGCCGAGCCGCCCCUGCCGACCUGUGGCCCCGCCUGGAAUCAGCUGGUUGGGGGCUGCGGGGAGAUCCGGGAGGGACAGGGACGCGCAAAUCCACAUUCCCGCGUGCUCCCCACUCGCCAUGGGCGGGCCCCUCGGGAUCUGGGGCUCGCUGAGGUUUGUAGCAGCCGGGAUGUGGCACUGCAGGGCUCACCCCGCUUUCCUUUUGUCGAGGCCUUCUCUGAAAGGGUUUGUGAAAUCAGCAAGAUGUUUGAAUCACAGGUUCACUUUACUUGAAAUUAUGUCCUUGGACAGCUGAAAUUAUGGGGCUUUCAAAUUCUUCUUUUCUUAUUAAAAAUAGCCUUUCUAUGAACCAGC